AUGACCACGACCACAGGCCAAAACUCUACCCACGCCUACACCCAGACUACGGACCCAGCCCUACCUCCCAACAUGCCUCCAGGCUAUACAAUCACCAGGAUUCCCUGCAACGGAACAGCAUCUCGCACAGCAAGUCGCAUAACAACUCGCACAGCAAGUCGAAAUGGGACCCAAACUCACAGCCAGUCGCGCUGUAAAAACGGCACCGUCAUUAGUAUCGUACCCGUCUGCACGCCGCUCCCCAGCUCCAAAACCUUCACUCGCUAUCUCGUCGUUCACACCUCCACUGUGACAUUCAAAGGGCACAGAUCAGACUAUAAGGCCCCUUACGCGCCCAUUGCAACACCCAACUACUGCGAUCCCAGCCUCUACCCAGCGGUCCCUCGGCCGCCGCCACCUGGCAGCACUCCAGAGCCUUUGAUGGGCACCAUGUCAAUGAUCACCGAGACGUUUACCAUUGAAGGACAACCUCUCACCGCGGAAUUUCCCGUCCCAUCAUUAUUCACGGCGAUCGCGCACAUUCCUGUCACAACCUUCAUUACGACAGACAAGAAUCCUUCUGUUGUUUUCCCUUCGGACCCGAUCCCCAAUUAUAGUCAGACGUGGCCAGGCGGCGGAGACGGAGGCGAUGGUGUUCACACACCCGUCGGCGGAGGUGCUCCUGCUCCUGGAUCCGACGCCCCAUCCUACACCAUUACAGCUGGACCAACUUCCGUCCUGAUUAAUGAGCAGACUUUCAUUGUGGCUCCUGGCAGCAGCACAAUAGUCACCGCCAAUGACGGUGGAGUGUUCACCAUCAACCCUACCGCUGUUGUUGGUCAAGGAGUCACCAUUACCCGGCCACCCUCGGUCAUGGGGCCGGCCUCGUCAGUGUUGGAUGGCAUCCCUGUCACAUCGGCGGGACCCAGCCUGGAGAUCGGUGGAGGCGCCUUUGCCAUUCCCACGUCAGACUCAAACACCGUACGCGUCAACGGCAAAGCCGUAACCAUCAACCCGACUGGAGUCACAAUCGGCGGCGAAAGCAUGGGCUUUGUGAAACCAGCCGCAUCUGAUGUCGUUGUCGCUGGCGGCGAGAUGCUCACCGCCAUCGGCCGCAGUGUCGUUGUCCUUCAUUCCAUCACUUAUACCUAUGGAAGUGGCAUCGCACCCGUCAUGCAGGUCGUCAACGGCGAUACUAUCGCCAUUGGACCCACUGGAGUGCUUGUACACGGCUCGACGCUGGGUGGAGUCUCCGCCCAGCCUACCGACACUGAAUUCGAAAUUGUUGGCGGUGCUACCAUUGCCAAGAUUCCUCCGUCCAUGGUCAUUGUGAAUGGAGAGACGUAUGCAGUCGGUCCCGGGGCCAGCAUGAAAACUGUCGUAAUUGGCGAGCAGACUUUGACCAUGGGGCCCAUUGGUCUCGUCAUGGCCAGCACUACAAUGAAGUUUCCAUUCGAUGCUUCGGUGACAACUACCAUCGCCGGCCGCUCAACCGGCGAAAGCAUGCCUCAGGAAACUGGUAGCAAAGGGGAAGAAGACGCUGCCUACUCGCUACGACCCGACGUGCGCGUCGGGCUUACGUGUCUCUGCAUUGUUUUUGGCGUUUUGGUCCUUGCCUAG